AUGUCAUCUUUUGAUGAGGUUGAACGACGAUCGAAACUGAUCAUUCCAAAAUCUGUCAACGAUGGAAAGGUUGUGAAACUGAAACUCAAAGAACUGAAGACGCAAAAAGAAGUUCGAACCGUGUUGCCGGAAGAAAAAUAUGUGGAAGGCCUCGAGAAAAUCAUCGUUAAAGAUUUUUUUCCCGAGUUGCCUAAACUUAAAGCUCAAUCGGAAUACAUUGAAGCUAUGAGCCGAAAUGAUGUUGCAAAGAUGCGCGAACUUCAACUUAGAUUUUCAACAAGCAGACGUACUGAUCGUCGAACAUCUCCCAUUGGUGGUCGAUUGAGAACGAGUCCUAUAAAGCGAUCAGACGGAAAUGGGAGUCCGAGUGUUUUUGAUCCGGAAACACCUGGUCCUAGUCAAUUGGGAUCCGAACGUGCAAAUAGCCCUGCUUGGAAUGAACAAGAAGGUGAUAAUGAGGCUUUAAUGGAUAAAAAGAAGAAAAAGGCAAAGAAGUCGGCGUUGGAAGGUCUCAGUGUUGAUGCAUAUUUGAACAAGUUCACUUCUGAAGAUAAUGCAUCGUUUGAAGAAUUAACUGAUCUCAUGGAUCAACGAGAAAAAAUCCGAAACCAUUGGAUUUACUCGAAUGCGGAAAGGCAUAAUCGGGAAUUGAUAACUCGUGGUGCUCCUAUGAUAGAAAAUGCUGAUAUGCAGCUAGCGUUAAAAUACGAUCCCGAAAUUCAGAAAGAAAAACCACGCGAGCUUGAUAAUUGGACGUACACGGCCCGAAAUACUGUUUUGUUUCACCCAACAGGGGCUGCAUUUACAAAAGAAGAGAUGAUCGAGCGAGCUGCACAAAAUCAACGAGUGAUUAAUCGCGAAGCGACACGUUUUCCGGAAGAUUUAAAGAACAAACCUACCGAGGCUUCGAUGGCACGAGCUGCUUUUAUUCAAGCGCAAGUACAAGCCGGAAAAGUGGAUGUCUCUGGUCGGGAAGCGGGAGUCUCCAACGCAGCAUUGGGCAUUUUAGCAACUCCAAGUCCAAUGCCAGGAAUCGAUGAUUCACCUCUCAUGACAUGGGGAGAAAUUGAUGGAACACCAUUUCGACUUGAUGCUUCAGAUCUUGACCCUCAAUUAAUGGGUGCCCCGGCUUUUAAAAUACCAGAUUUGCCUACCAGAGAUGUGCUAGCUAAAUCAAUUUCCGACACGAUUGCUCAAAGGUAUCACGAUAAAAGGAAAAAUGCAAUGGAACAAGCAGAAAGAGCACAUAAGACUCCGAAAUUUGGAUCGUCUCGGCACUCCGAUAAAUUGAUGAAAAUGUCACCAGCUGCUAGGGCACUUGCAAGCAAUAAACUUGGAAUCAGAUUGGGAUCGAGUGAGAAGCUACGGAAAAGUUUUACACCUAGCCCUAGCCCUUCGAGAACGCCAACUUCUACUCCAAAGUCGUCUGUUCGUCAUUCAAUUUCCUCAUCUAUCAGACGCAAAGAAACCCCUCUUCGUAGUUCGUUGGAUACGGGCUCAAUUACUGACAACUUGCUCAAAAUUGGAGAAACGUUUAGUGAUGUGGCCGGCACUCAAUCGACACCAGAAGCGCAUGCAAGUGAUUCGCAAGAAACUCAAAGAGCGCGUGCCAAAUUUUGGUUCUAUAUGAGCUUACAUGAAGCGCCGUAUGGGGAGAUUCCGGCCGGAUCGCGUUUGCACCAAUAUUUGGGAGGAGGCAAUUCAAAUCGGGGCAAUGGGCACUUUCAACUGCCUUCGCAGGGAAGUGGCGCCAGCAUGCAAGGACUCAAUGUUGAUGUGCCCGCUUUCGUGCCCCGUUUCGCUCAGAUGAACCUCGGAGCUGGGGAGAAUGUAGAUAGAAAUCAUUCCCGGUCACCCUUCUCCCAACAACGUCCUUUCAGCUCGGUGAUCUCUCAUGAACCAUCUGACACCUAUGGCGGACCGAAUCAAUCUUCUUACUAUUAUGGAGGACCGGGCGAAGAACUCGAGCCAGACGCUGAGGGAGGAGCGCAAGCGAUGAUUCAAACGAACGGCGUUUUCCAAUAUAAUGGACCAGUUCCACAUAUCGGGAAAUUUCGACCUCGCGGCGCGACCGGUGGAAACAAUAUGACACAAUUUCUAGCACCUGAAUUGAAACUGGAAUUACUUGAUAGACAGCUAGCUAUAGAGUGCAAAGCCGACCCGAACAUCUAUCCGGAUCUACCACAACAAAUCGAACAUAUGAGAGAUCUUGUCCCUUUGGAACGUCUACCGCAACCACCAUUUCCACCGAAUCAAGUUUCGACCGUUUACAAAGCGGUUUCUGUUAGAGACGGUACUCCAUAUGCGAUACGACGGAUUCAUAACUUUCGACCACCAAACGCUACUGGGAAACCGCUUCAUGCAGCUGAGAACUGGAGAAAAUUGGUGCAUGUCAACAUCGUGCAGUUGAGAGAAGUGGUACAAACGCGUGGCUUUGGCGAUAACUCUCUGAUCUUUGUUUCCGACUAUCACCCGAAGGCACUCUCGCUGAAACAACGACAUUUUGCUGGAGCUGGCGGUUUCCUUGACUCGAUGAAUGGAGCUCGAAUAGGUCAUCAUCAUCCACCGGCUGGAAUCAUUGUUGAAAGUCUUCUUUGGAACUACAUCGUACAACUCAGCUCCGCUUUACGGGCAAUUCAUGCUUCUGGACUUGCUGCUCGGUGUCUAUCUUUGGAAAAAGUUCUCAUUCAUGGGAAAUAUAAGGUUUUACUUUCUUCAUGCGGUGUGCAAGAUGUUCUGAAUCCUGAGGGACAAACUAUUCAGCAACUACAGAACGAAGAUCUUGUCGCAUUGGGCCGUUUAAUACUUUGCCUAGCCACCGGAAAGGCGAAUCUUGUCGGACAAAAUGCCAAUCAAUCACUCACUUAUGUAGCACAACAUUACUCAUCGGAUAUGCGAAAUCUUGUCAACUUUUUGCUAUCCGUUGGACAAGCCGGUGCGCCAAGAAGAUCGAUCAAUGAGGUGAUGCCGAUGAUUGGUGCGAGAUUCUAUGCUCAACUCGAGAGUGCCCAAUUGAGAAAUGACAUUCUCGAGAAUGAGCUCAGCAAGGAAUUGGAAAAUGGGCGUCUCUUUCGCUUGCUCUGCAAGUUGAACACGAUCAUUGAGAGACCCGAAGCCGAAAUGGGACAAUGGUCGGAAACAGGCGAUCGCUUUCUGCUUAAACUCUUCAGAGACUACAUUUUUCACCAAGUGACCGACACGGGUAAACCAUGGAUGGACAUGGCCCACGUUGUACACACAUUAAACAAGCUCGAUGCGGGAGUUUCUGAGAAGAUAGCGCUGGUGUCACGUGAUAGCGAAAAUGUUCUCAUCGUUUCAUAUGCCGAUUUGAAGAACUGUGUGCAGCAAGCGUUCAACGAGCUUACCUCGGCAUCAGGAAGAAAU